AUACUUGAGACACACAACACUUAAUUGUGUGGUCCACAAUAUUUCAUCUUGAGUUCAAUCUAUCAUACAGCUGUUAGGAUAACAUUUUUAGCAUCAUUUGCCAUAUCUUUUUUUGGACACUUUCGAUUGUUGCAAGAAGCAAAGGUGUGAGAAAUUCUGCAAAUUUCUUAGCUCUUCAUUUUUGUAAAAGCCAAACCACCAAUACUGGGAUCAUUGAAUUUUCAAAUGUCGAUUUUCUUAAGAACAUCAAGCUAUAGCUAUGGAUAUCGAGUUUAUAGUAAUUUUCACAGAAAUCCUUCCCCUUCGACAAUGAAGAAUGCCAACUCUAUCCCUUCAAGGACGAAAAAAGAAUUAUCAGAAGAAAUUCAGAGACUUUCGACUCCUCAUGUUCAAACAUUUAGGCAUACAAGCCCCAAAUUUGACAAACUGCAGCCAAUAGGUGAACUUGCAAUUCAUGAAAACAGAGUCAAGAUUGGGCAGUUUGUCACACGUGAAGCUCUACUUGAUGAGGAAUUUUGGACAGCAGCAUGGCUACGAGCAGAGACUCAUUGGGAGGAUCGGGAAAAUGACAAAUAUGCCGACAACUACAAAAGGAAAUUUACAGAACAGGUAAGGACAAAUACCAUUAAUUUGAAUUGGUCAAUGUGCAAUGAUCAUAAUUCUUCGAUUGUGCAGGCAUUCAAUGAACUGAAAAAGAGAUGCAGAACACAGCUAGGAGAGAAAUCCAUCUGCAUAGUAAUGGUACUAUUACUAAUCUAUUACAUUUUGUAACUUGUAGUAAAAAUCAGCAUUGUGUUUUGUGCGACAAUAGUGAUGAACAAUAUGGAAUCAAGAAAGAAAGAAAGAAAGACAACACAAUAUUAACAUGGGUCGACAUAGGCCUAUGUCCACGGGAGUGAAACGGCUACGAUUUUGU